GCUAUCGUAGCUGCAGAAAAUCUCUGAGAGUUUCGCGACUCAAAUGUUUUUAAACUGUGGUAACUGAUAAUAAAAAUAAUGUUGGUAGCAGCUGGAUGCGAAACAAUCGGGUUCCGAAGCCGAUCUGUCUGUAUGUUCUACGUAAGAAGAAGUGGGGGCGCCUUAUAAACAAACUGACAACUGUACAUUUCGGAUGUAUUCGUUGUUUGGUAACAGUAUUGGGGAGAGCGCCAUGGUUUCACUUUUAAUAACCAUGAUUACACUGUAACAUCAAUGUUACCGUAACUACGCAGAAGUUGUGACAGCCCAAAGUGUGUUGUGCGUUGACUGCAGUCCUGUGUAUUUUAUGCAAGUGCAAUGUAUUGUGUUACGGACAAAAAUAGAAAUAUUGCAUUCAGUUUUGUGUAGUGGCCUGUGGACGUUACCAAUGCACGAAAAAAGAAGAAAGUCUUAUUUGUGGGGAUUUUUUACUGUGCAGAAAAGUGAUGGCGCUAACAAAUUUGCACAGUGCGGUAUUUGCGAUCGAACUUUACGUUUCACGACGUCUGUGACUAACCUGAGAAAACAUUUAGAGCGAAAGCACCCUACAAGUUUAUCGCGUUGCAGACAACGUACCACGGCUGCAUCAUCAGUUAUAUCUAGAGCAGUUUCUGAUGAUAUUGAUCAUGGUGUCAGCGGGCAAGAUGAUCAGCAGUCUGUAUACUCUUCCACACACAUUGUUCAUUACCAGUCACAUGAGCCUAUUGAGCAUUCCUCGAAAGUUGAAACUUCGAAGGAUACCGCAAGUGAAUCUGAGACCAGCACCUCUAUGUUUGAAAUAACAGAUGACCGUACAAUGCCGUCAGUGUCUGCUUCAUCUGCUGUAUUAUCUUCAGUUGGUACUAAGAGAAAGUGGCGAGAAUUUAAGAAUGACAGGCUUCUUACAGGACCUCGUGAGCAGUUUUCCUCACCUUUAAAGGAAAAUGAUGAAUUUGAUCUCUUUGGGAUGAGUAUUGCUGCUAAAAUGCGUAAAAUGUCAAGGACAAAUGACAUACAGUAUAUCAUUGCGGAGAAACUUAUCUCAGAGGUAAUAUAUCAUGGACAAUUGAAGUCUCUUACAUUUGACACUGUUAUUAAAGUUUCUGAGAAAGAUAUUAAUUAAUGUGUAUGUGCUGCAGUGUGAGUGAAUUCACAUGUAUAUAUGUAUACACACACCACGGAGUCGUUAAGAGACUGAGAACCUAGGGGAAAAGUUUGUAUUUCUGAAACUAUAUUUAAAAUAAAUAUUUCAUAA